AUAGGAAAAUCUAGUCUUUAUUUGUUCCUCAAUUAACUCAGUUCGUCCAUUAGUACCUUUGCUACACCCGUUCUAUAAAACUACAUCCAGAUUAUUAAAUUACAUAUAAAAUAACUUCAAAAAUGACGUUGGUGUCACACCAUGAUGAGGUGAAAAAAAUGGUUGUCGAUACCAAAAUCGAAGAUGUUGAAAGAAUAAGUGAAAUUACUGAAUUUUUUACUGGAUGUAACAUUUUUGUUACCGGAGGUUCAGGAUUUGUUGGAAAAGUCCUUGUAGAAAAAUUAUUACGAACAUGCCCAAAACUCAAAAAAAUAUACCUUCUGAUGCGUCCGAAGAAAGGAAAAACUCCACAAGAUCGACUCAAGGAACACUUUGAAGAUCCACUUUAUGAUAGAUUAAAAUUUGAGCAACCUGAUUAUGCAACAAGAGUCAUGAUGAUUGAAGGUAGCUUCGAAGCAAAAGGUCUAGUGUUGACUCCAGAGGAUCGAGAAAUGAUGAAAAACACUCAUGUUGUGUUUCAUGCUGCUGCAACUGUACGAUUUGAUGAUAAAUUAAGAUUUGCCGCCAAUAUCAAUAUUCGAGGAACAAGAGAUAUUCUUCUUUAUGCCAGAGAAAUGCCCAACUUGAAGGCUGUUGUUCAUAUUGGAACUGCUUUUUCAAUGUGCGUGAAUAAAUUUAUCGAUGAAGUUUUCUAUAAAACUCUCCUCGGAGCUGAUGAUCUUCUAACUAUUAUUGAUAUACUUGAUGAUCCCACUUUAGAACAUAUAACUCCAACAUUGAUAGGAAAAUGGCCAAACACUUACGCUUUUACAAAAACAGUUGCUGAGGACGCUGUAUUAUGUCACAGCAAAGGUUUACCAGUAUGUAUCGUUCGUCCAUCUAUUAUGAUAUCAACAGCACAUGAACCUAUUCCUGGAUGGAUUAAUAAUCUUUAUGGAGCCACUGGUGUAGCUGUCGCUUCGUCAUUAGGUAUUCUUCAUACUAUUAAUGCCAAAGGUGAUUACAUUGCUGAUAUGAUACCAGCUGAUUAUGUAAUCAACAACAUCAUCGCUGCAGCUUGGGAUGUUGGAACACAAAGACGUACGGAUCCUUUACGAACUUUACCAAGUUCUCAAAAAAAUGAACUCACUGAAGAACCAGAAGAAGAUGAAAAACCAAAAAUUUAUAAUGUUGUAUCAUCUGUUGACAAUCCUAUUAGUUGGUCUCGGUAUCUUAGUUAUGGUGAACUACAUGGAGUUGCAAUACCAUCAGUAAAAACGUUAUGGUAUUAUAUGCUUUGCGUAGAUAGAUAUUAUUGGCUUCAUCUGAUCCAUUUAUUUUUAUACCAUCUAUUACCAGCAGCUAUUAUUGAUGCAGGCCUUUUUAUAACAGGAAGAAAACCUCAAGUUCUAAAUAUUUACAAAAAAAUUCAUAAAUUCUUGCAUGUUAUCACUUACUUUUCAACUAAUCAAUGGACAUUUGGCAAUAAAAAUGUCAGAAGAUUGUGGAAUAAAUUAAAUCCAAUUGACAAAAAAAUAUAUUACUUCAACGUUGGAGAUUUAAAUUGGAAAGAUUAUUCUUAUCAUUACAUGAGAGGUAUACGAGUCUUUAUAUUUAAGGACACAUGGGACACUCUUCCUGCUCAAAAAAAGCGAUACUUCAAAUUAAAGAUUGCUCACUACACGUUUCUGACAGUGGAAUCGAUUCUCUUAUUGUGGCUGGCUUAUUUUUUACUGACAACUUUUGUACCAUUGCUACUGUCUUUCUGUCCAUACUACAAUAAGUAACAUUGUACAUAUUACAAAAUCUUAGAACAAGUAAUAAAAUUUAGUCAUAUCUUUGUAUGAUUCUGAUAGUAUA